ACAACAAAGCCCGACGAGACUCACACGUACGCAGCCUGACUCACGCAGAAGAGCUGUGCUGAGGAACCAGUGUAUAGAGGAGGUUUAAACAUGGAUAUUCAGUCCUGAGAGGUUUAUAGCUGACUCGUCUGCUUUUGCUGUUUGGCUUUUAUAUUAUUACUCGGUGAAAAACAUGUUGGAUAAACGUGUCGUGGAUUCACGUCGAGACCAAGCAGAAGACGUGAGAGGAAAAUCCGCUUCGACUAAGGAGUGUUUUGAGAAGCAGUAUAAGUUAGGAGCUCUGCUGGGAAGCGGUGGGUUCGGCUCUGUGUUCUCAGGACAGAGAAUCUCUGAUGGUUUACAGGUCGCUAUCAAACAAGUGUGUCAUGAUAGAGUGCAGCAGUGGGCAGGACUGGAUGGUGAAUCGAACCCGGUCCCCAUGGAAGUGGCGCUCCUGCUGCAGCUCGGGGGUUCCGGUCACCCCGGCAUCAUCCGCAUGCUCGAUUGGUUCGAGGUUCCUGGUCGGGGUUUUUUUAUCGUGUUCGAGAGACCACAGCCGUGCCAGGACCUAUUCGACUUCAUCACCGAGCGUGGCGCCAUAGAUGAACCACUUGCACGAAGGUUUUUAAAGCAGGUGGUUGAAGCGAUUCAGUUUUGCCACUCGAGAGGAAUCGUCCAUCGAGACAUCAAAGACGAGAACAUCCUAGUGGACACGCGUACCGGAGAUGUCAAGAUCAUCGACUUUGGAUCUGGGGCUCUUUUGAAGGACACGGCCUACACAGACUUUGAAGGAACCAGAGUUUACAGCCCACCUGAAUGGAUCCUGCAUCAACGCUACGAAGCACUUCCGCUCACCGUCUGGUCUCUGGGCGUCCUGCUGUUUGACAUGGUGUGUGGAGACAUUCCCUUUGAGAGAGACAGAGACAUUGUCCAGGCUACGCCCGGUUUCACUAAGCGUGUUUCUAAAGAAUGUCAUACUCUCAUUCGAUGGUGCCUCUCAUACCGCCCAGAGGAUCGUCCAAGCCUAGAGCAGAUUUUGCUCCAUCCCUGGAUGAUGGAGAGCACAGAAGACAUCGGGGACCUGCAGGAUGUCGGCAACAUCACACCGAGCCUUUAAUUUACAAACAAUUUAUAGACUAAUUUCAGAGGACUGAUGAAACUUCAAACCCGCAGCUUGACGAUACACUGGAUUACAUCACACUUUAACACUGGCCUCUCAACACCUCCAUAUUUAUCACGUUGUUUUCUUUGAUGGAAACGUUCUCCGGCAUUGCGUCAUCCCAAAGGACACUUUCUCCCUGUCGGCGUCUCGAUUCGAUGCGACGCACAACUGUUGCUUUGCCUGGUUUAUUUAUUUACCUAUUUAUUAACUCGGACACGUUGUUAUUAUUAGGUAUUUAUAUUCUGUACUCGAGGGAUGAAGUUUCAGAAGCAGCUCUGGACUUACAGCCAUCGUUGACCAAGAACACGUUCCUGCCUGGUUCUACAGGCUCUUUGUAUAUAGUAUUGUUUCCUCAUUUUAAGAGGAGGUUUUUGUUUCACGCCCACUGAGGAUUCGGAUACAACAGCGACUGUCGGCGAAGUGAACGGGUUUCGAUCCAGCAACCGUUCAUGUCUGCAUUCACUAAACAUCCUACAGUGGAUUUGUUUUUGUUUUUUAAACCAACGUGCCUUUUACUUUCGGUAUCUGUGUUUGUGACCGUGCUCUAAAAUCGAACAACAUUCAAGAAUGUAAGCUGCCAAAAAGGUGCUGAACUUUUCAUGUGUCAAAACAGGAUGAAUGUUGUUCCUCACUGAGAAACAGUGUGUUUACUUAGAAAGCCAAAGAGAUCUAAAUAGCACAAGUGUGGAGGUUUUUUUUCCUCAUUUUGUUUUGUUAUUUUUGACUAAUUGUAUUCUUGUUUAAAAUACAGGACCAAAUGCCAAUUCAAAAAUGUUACAACUAUAAACUUUUAUAGUGCAAAACCAAAUAUGAAUGUAUUUGUUCUUCUACUAUUUAAAUUGAAUCUCGAUUUGUUUUGUUUGUUUUUUGUGGAAAAAUAUCCAAAAGCAUGUUUUAUUAAAUAUAAAAAUUGAAAUCCUUGCUGGUUUGCUCGGGUUUGCACAACAGAUUUUCUGUAAAUACUUGUGUAUUGAAUUUUGUAAUUUUUGUGGCAGCAGUCACAUCAGUGUAUUUAAUUUAAAUUAAACAAAAACACACUCAUAA